GGGGGUCUGGGCUCCCUACCGUCCCCUCCGCCCCCCAAGAUGGACCUGACUGAGGGGUCCUGUUUCCUGUAUCUACAAGCUCUGUUUUGGACUGUGUUCCUGUCAUCUAAUACACCUUCUGUUUUACUGGCUGGCUGAAAGUCACGGUGAAUUGCAGGAAGUGAGGGGGUACAGGGCCCUGACUCCCUCACACUCCGUGACAGAGCGUGAGGGGCCUUAUUUCAUCACAGCGAUGACUGCUGGUUAAUACCGGCAUUCCUGUGGCUGAAAGCUGGUCCCAGGCUCGGGGACCUCCCCCAUGUUUUCUGUACAGUCAGCGUAUCGCUUCGGUCACGUGAACAGCGAGGGGAUGCUCACCGGGACCGCUGUGCCCUAGAAACCGUGCUGGGAAUCUGACGAAAACAGGCUUUGGUACCAGAUUCCCAGCUCGGCCAACGAGACCCUAGGAACUUCCUUCCUCCUGGUUAGCCAGAGACACCUGGAGGAAAACGGUUCCUUACGCGUGACCCGACGGGUCUGAAGCUUUGGGUGCAGAUCUGGCCCGGCUCGUCUCUCACCCGGCCAGAUCCUAAGCUCCAGUCCCUGCCACUUAGGAAAGGAGCACCCUAGCCAUUAGCUGCCACCCUCGCCAGCCACAGGCUGGGCUGAUCAGGCUUGUCAGUUACAGUCUUCUCCCCCCACAGGUGUCUGGCGCCCAGGGUUUGUUCACACACACACACACACACACACACACACCCCUACCUGCAGCAGAGGGGUGGGCCUGGCACAGUUCCAGGCUGUUUUCUUCUGAAUCCCUCCAACACGAGCAGGGAGUUUUCUGACUCCGCUCCUGGUGAGGUCAAUUACAAAGGAUUGGACUCCAGGGGCUUAUCACUGGGCCACCAGUUUGGCCCUCCGCUAUAGGGUGACCAGCCCCUUUAAGAGGUAAUCGGUCCAGCCCCACCUGCCCCUCACUCAGCGCUCCUCCCCAGGUGGGGCGCAUCAUCACAGCGAGGGCCUGUGGCUAAAUCAGGCUCAGGCCGAGUGCUGUAAAAGAAGCCUGCAGCAAGCCGGAGGGAGAGAGGGUGAGCAGACAGGGGGCUGCCUGGAGGGGAAGGAAAGAAUUCAAAGGGGGCCAGCUCAGAGACGCUGAUCAAGGGCUGCAGCCUGCCUCUGAGAAGGAGGACCACACCCAGAGAGGCACAUAGGCCCAGAGGGACAGCUGUGGGACCCCUGACCCGAGAAGGGGGACCCUGCCGAGAGAGACACACAGGCCGGAAGGGAGCGUUGUGGGACCCCUGACCACAUCCAGAGAGGCACACAGUCCCAGAGGGAGGGCUGUGGGACCCGACCCGAGAAGGGGGACCAUGCCCAGAGAGGCACAUAGGCCCAGAGGGAGGGCUGCGGGACCCCUGAAUUCAGGGGGAGUUCAAGGGGCUAAAGACGAAUUGAUCUAUUUAGCGACUGAGGAAUUCACAGGGGGAAUCUCAGGUUAAAGCCGUCUGGCCUGGGAGUGGCUUCUUACAAGAACCAGACCAGGGGGAGCAGAGGGCAGCAGCUGUGCAGAAGGGGCGUCCGGAGGGAGCGUUGCCUGUCACAACUUCCAAGUGCCUUCAAGGCAGUGGGAACUGGGGGACUCAGCACCUUAUCCUCAGGACGUACCGUAUGUCCGUAGGAACAGGAGCCCUCUGCACUGAGAGCGCUCUGCCUGGGCCCUGCUGGGCAGCUGGGAGACCCCAGCAUCUCUCUGAGCCUUAGGUGGAGACCUCUCCAAAGGUCUUCCGGCGUCCUGCCUCCGACAGCCACCAGCAGCAGCUGCUUCAGAGGGAUGCGCAAGAAACCCUGCCACUACGGGGCAACCUGCCACCAUCAUGCAAACGGUAGCCCCUCAAUUCUGCUCGGCAUUCAAUGUAAUAAGAGCAGAGGAAUUAAGAGGUGCAGACAUAUCGGGAUCGAAUCUGCUCUCACUUACGCAGUUCUAUGCCGGUGCAGUGGAUUUACCCAGGGUAAGGGGGAUCCGAAUCGGGUUCUGUGCGCUGCUGCUCACCGGCCUGGUUGACCCAGCGAUGUCGCUCAGGAGGGUGAAAAACCCACACCUGAGCGCUGGAGUUAAGCCGACCUAACCCCUGGUGUAGACAGGGCUAGGUCGAUGGAAGAAUUCUUCCAUCGACCUAGCUACUGCCUCUCGGGGAGGGGGAGUACCUACGCCAAGGGCAGGUAGUGUUUACACUGAAGGGCCUCAGUUAUACCAGAUUAAAUCUGGAGUAACUGCACUGAGGGGAGAGAAGUUACUUCACAUAUGUGCCCGUGUCACAGAGUUCAGAAUCUGGCCGUGUGUGUUUGCAGCUGAGCCUUGAUCCGGGCUGCAGCACUGAUGAGCUGGGGGGGUGGGCACUUGCACCAUGGUCGGGGGAGAUUGUUUGGAAGGGCAGAGAGGAGGCUGCUGCUAAUAACUGGUAAGAAGGGAGAGAGACGUGCUGGAGCAAACCAGGGCCAUCUUGAGUACUCCCUGGGUUUGCCUGGGCAGGUGGCCAUGACACUGGCCUGGUGUUAAAGGGCGAGCCAGGCUCCGAUCUCUGUAUGCUGUGUUAGAUCGGUGCCCCCAGGCAGCUGGCCCAGGGAGGGCGAUACAGGACAGCUCUCUCCAGCGAUGCCCUGCUCAGCACCCGUCCCUGGCGCUGCCAAGCCUGCUGCGCACUCAUGCACAGCAAACGCUCCCCAAGAAACUGGCCCGACCUGUUUGCUGUCAGCUCUCGGAGGAGAAGAGAGGAAUGCAGGUGUCCAGGAGAGAGGAGGGUACAGGCGGGACCCACAGGGGCCGGGACACAGAGACCAUUCAGCCAGUGAUCCUCUCGGCAUUACCCAGCCAGCUGCCGCGCCGCCAAGAGCCCCGCUCCACCACCUGCCGCCGGGAUGUCCCUCCUGCUGGCACUACUCCUGCUGGCCACCACCACCUGCACCGUGAGAGGCCAAGUCCUCACCGUUGACUAUGAGCCUGCAAUCACUCUCCUGGCGCUGGAAGGGAACAUUACUUCUUCCACCUUCGUCCUGGAGCAGCCCCGCUGUGUCUUCAACCAGACUGUUAGCGACACCGAUGAGAUCUGGUUGGUGGUUUCCCUCAGUCGCGCGAUAUCCAGUUUCACCAGACCCACCUCCCUGCAAAGCCUCCCUGCCUUCCAGCAGUUCCCAGAGAAUCCCAAUUACAUGACCAUGGGCACCUCCUCCUUAAACUACCCAUGUGAAAAGAGCUCGGGCCAGAUCACGGUGCUGCGUGUUGGGAACGAAACCGGGUGCGUUUUGGACACAUCAAGACCAGAUUGCAAUGGCCCCCUGCCUGGCCCAGGGCCCUACAGAGUGAAGUUCCUUGCGAUGAGUCCUGCAACUGGCCCCAAGGCCGAGACAAAAUGGUCAGCCCCGAUCACGCUGAAAAGAGGGAAGGACCCUGCCCCCAUUGACACCUGGCCCAGAAGGCGCAGCGCUGGUAUGAUUGUCAUCACCACCAUCCUCUCCAUCCUCCUGGCCAUCCUGCUGGCCUGCUUUAUCGCCGCGCUGGUCUAUGGAUGCAGUUUGGACCUUUCCGAGCGCACGGAGAUAAUGGGCAAGCAGGACUCGGUGACAGUGAAGCGAUACAACACCCACCAUAUCUACGACCAGCCUGCUUCCAAGAACUGAGGCCCUCCAGCGAGACAGCCACCCCCUGCUGCAACCCUGUCCCAUCAGCCGGGAGCUCCCCGGCAGAGCCUGUGUGCGCCAUGAACAGCGCCGGGAGAGGAGGGGACCCGAGGCAGCGAGCUCCAAAUACUCCAGUCCCAAGCUGCGGACUCGGAACCAGGUCCUCCUCCUAGUUCUGAGCCUCCGAUCACCCCUGACCUCCCUGGGUUGGGGGGGAUUUGAUGUUGGCGUCCGUCCCUUGGGCUUGGGCGCUCCUGAGGGGGUUGGUUUGUCCCUGUGACGUGGUGACGUUUCCAGGGUCCGGGCUAUCCCCUCUGCUCCGAGUGGGUCGGGGCGAUGGCGAUUCCUCCUGGACUGCAGAGCCAGGUCCGGUGCGACCCUUCCUGGCUGGAGGAUGCUGGGUCUGAGGAUUCCCCCUCCCCCCCCCCCCACCUCACUUUAACGUACCCAGCCUGACUGCUCCAGGCACAGACAGGAGCAGUCACCAUCCCUCCAGCCUCGACACACUGGACAUGGACCCCCUUCGGAUCCCUAAACCCCACCCCUUCCCGAGCUGGAGAGGUCACUGCUGAGUGUCCGGCCGCUCUCCUAAGACUUAGCCCUGUGUCGACAACCCAGUAGCCUGGGACCAGGGUUAUUUCUAAGCGGGUGGUACUUGAACACAGGGUGCAGUGGCCACCUGUGGGUCUCUGGCUGCAGAGGGCUCAUCCUCCGGGAUGGAGCGCCACUCCUAAUCCCCAGCCGGCCACAUUCCCUGGCUGCCCCGAUGUCUGUCUGCUGGGGGCCACGUCCGUGCCACUAAUUUUGGUGCCCCAUUUCCCAUCGGAGACCGCUAGCCCGCCUGGACUGGGUAUGGUCCUGUGUGAUCAGACAGAAGCUCAGCCCAGACGAUAAGGAUCCCCUUGCAGAGCUGUAGGCAGAUCCCACUCCAGCCAGGCAUGGAAAUCCAGACCGGGAGAUAACGCAGGCUCCCACAGGUGAGGUGCAUUACUUCCCCCAAUUAAGUUGUUAGCAAUAAAGUGGGGAGGCUUCCCCUGGUUGCUGAGCCUCUGGGAAUAACGGAGAAGCCGGACUGGAUUCCCAUGUGCUGUGGGAAUGGAUUCUGCCUGCAGUUUGUAGGAUCCUCAGCAAGCUACCUUAACCCCCACUUUAAAAGGAUUUGGGGAUGGGGGUGGUUCAAAGGAACCUCAGGAAGUUAGCUGCCCUGCACCCUGGAAUUUCACUGCGUCUCGGGGCCCCUUCCUCUCUGUGCUUCUGGAAAUCCCAGCCAGUGUUCCCAGGGAGGCAGAGGCCAGGCCCGUGCAGCAGGGACAUUCACCAUUUUCUUUCUCAAAUGAACAAUUAAAACGGGUUGUCACGAAGACAAGUUUCGCUGUGAGUCGUUGCUCAUGGGGUGCAAUCGGCCUCAGAGCCAGCUCAGCCCACGCCUGCUGCCCCCCCCUUUCUGCUCAGCACAGAGCUGGACGGGUGGGGUACGCAAUAGACAAUGCCCUGCCUCAAAGAACCGGGGGGGAUUUUGAAGGCACGUCUGAGAGUUAGCCGUCCUCCUCCGGCUGCUGAACUGUCCUGGGAGCCUUAGAACAUCUGCCCCGAGCUGUCGCCCGGACUAAUACAGGACAUGGCACAGCUGAUCCGCUGCGAAAAGGUUCGGGGGUAGCCAGGGGAGGAGAGCCGUGCGGGACCAGUGCCGAACAAUUUCGUUUGAACCAACCCCUCCGAGCUGAUCUCCUCCUCUGUGACGGGGCAGUAUCGUUACCCCAAUUCUACAGGGGUAGCGAGCCAGCCGGCACAUGCGAAACCCGUGCGAAUUCAGCACGGCUCUUUGUCCCCCUGUAGUGGCAGUUCAUGCCCCUGCCUUAGCGCAGGAGAGGCUCCUGUUCUAGAUCUCCUGGGUUCAAGCCCCAUUGACGCCCUGCCUAGGGGUGUCGUUACAAGGGCUGACCCAUACAGGGAUGGGAACUGUGGUGGAGCUUGAGACAAGCGUCCCUGGCUCCAAGGAAAGUAUCGUGGGUGCAGGGGUAGGGUUCCAGGUGACGCUUGUCUGUGCACGGAGUGGCAGCUUUUCUGAUGUACGGUUUUAGCGUCGUGUUGGGGGUUUCAUCCUGCAGGGGAAGGUUACAAGUUCGGCGUCUGAUUCCUGGCAAAAACAAUCUGUUCCUUUGAGGCAGAAAAUCUGCACCGAAUGUGACUCAUCCGGAAGUUGUUUCAGGGGUACCUAUAAAUAGCAGAGCUGGCCAAAGAGAUUCAGGGGGGAAAUCUUCAUCAGAAAACUGGGUUUAAUCAAAA